AUGGAGCCACCGAAGCCAAAACCAUCCAAACGAUUAGACCUGCAGGGCAUCCGUGCUCUUGCUAUUAUUGUGGUACUUGGAUUCCAUUUUUACCCAGAAUUCUGUCCAAAUGGAUAUCUCGGAGUCGAUCAAUUCUUUGUUCUCUCUGGAUUCUUGAUGUGUAUGUUACUAAAAAGAGCUGAAAAUCAAUCGCCUUGUUCCCUGGUCAGCUUGUUUUAUUCAAAACGAUUCAAGAGAAUUUUGCCUUUGUACCUACUUAUAAUCUUCAUUGCCAUGAUUUGUCUUUACAAUUUCUUCCCGGACACGGCCAUUGAAACUAAUCAAGAAUCUGCUAUUCACGCACUGCUUUUUGUCUCAAAUAGGCCGAAAACAGUACAAGAAGAUUAUUUUCAAUUGUUAUCCAUCGCUGUUGACAUCUUCACUCAUACAUGGUCUUUAUCCGUGGAAAUUCAAUUUUACUUCUUGGUUCCAUUCAUUUUUAUGAUUGCAACAAAGAUUCCGGAAAAGUUCCGAUAUGGAUACUAUGGAAUCAUCGGGUUCAUUUCAUUUGUACAUUUCUAUUCAUCUCCAGCUACAGUAGCCUUCAACAGUGUCUUUGCGAGGAUUUGGCAGUUUUUGAUAGGAAUGGUAGUAUAUCUUCUUGGUAUCUCAAAAUCCCAAUUCCAAUACCAAGUUCUCAUUAACGAAGAAGAAGGGGAACCAGAGUGCAAACAGUUACUCGGAGAUGAAGAGAGCCAAGAAGUGGAAUGUUGUCCGAAUGAGAGAUUUUCAAUGUUUCUGAAAUACUCACAGCCAGCUGCAUUUGUUUCUUUGAUCUGUUUGAUUUGUAUCAACUUGUUCCCUUUGACAUUGCCGGCUACGGUGGUCAGACCGCUUGUCACAAUGGGAACUGGCUUUCUCAUGCUGAUCUCCGAAGAUAAUUUGAUCUUGUCAAACAAAGUUUUGACCUACAUCGGAGAUAUCUCAUAUUCUUUAUAUCUCAUUCAUUGGCCUAUCUAUGCAUAUUGGAAACUCACAUGUGAUGGAAACAAAUACUUAUUGAUCUCUGCUCUUGCUUCAUCUGUAAUUCUUGCCAUCAUCACUUACGAAACAUAUGAGAAAUGGUAUCUGAAACUGUCUUCAACGAGUAUUGGACUCAUUGUUGUCGUUUUGUUUUUCUUAAAUGUUGUUGUCAUCAACAAAGAUGAAAUCACGGAUCAUAUUGAUAGCAUGGAAAGGAACUUCUCGAGUCUGGAUAAUGUGACGGAUGAUAUGACAGUUGACGACGCGGAACGUCUGAACCACAGAUGGAGUGUCAAUGACAAUAGAAAUCUCUUUGAUCCAACAUGUGUUUACGAGAAUCCAAAGACGCCACUUGGAUGGUGCAGGCAUACGGGUCUCUCCAAAACCGGGAAGUACAAAUUUGCUACAAUUGGUAACAGUUGGACUGCGAACCACGCCAGAAUGUUCUAUCAGGAAUGCUCAUCUAAAGCAAAGAGUAUUAUGCAAGGAUCGGCAUUCGGAUGUGAGCCACUCUACCCCAGUGCUCAGAGUAAAAUGUGUAAAGCAAAUUUCACCGAUUUCGAAGAACGAAUUCGUAAAGAAAAACCAGAUUACGCAUUUAUAUUCACCAGAUACAUGUCAAUCGGAGCACCAUGGCCAGACAAAGUAAAAAGUUACAAGGAUGAUCCAAUUUAUCAAACGAUGAAAGAACAAAUGCUGAAGUUCAUCUCAAAUAUAAAAUACAAACUGUAUAUUCUUGAUGCUCUUCCACGUAUCAAUCGAGGAGCCAUUUCGAAAAUUGCUCCAUUGAUAAAAAAUGAGACCGAUCCAGUCAUCAUAGAUAACAUGCUCGUGAGGCCUCAUGAAUACGAAAUGGCACGAAAACGGCAUGCCCAGCUGGUGAAAGACUGUAAAGGAAAGUGCGUAAUGGUGGACUACGUACCAGAAUUCUACAAUGAAGAAACCAAAACAUUCCGAUAUUUCGAUGAAAGAGGUUUCUCGUAUUGGACAACUCCUUCACAUUUGUCUCCUCAUGGUAUUGAACAUAUCAGACAUCUUUGGACUGAUAUUUGUAAAAAGUUGUAG